AUGGUGCAACAACUUAAGUUACUAGUCCUAGCCUUUGUAUGGUGGUGGACAUGGUGGAGUACUAGUAAUCAUGGUGCAGUUGCUGACCCACAAACACGUUUAGUAAACACUGGGUGCAGCACAUACAACGCAUCAAGCUUGAGAAGCUUCUAUGUGAGUCUGAAUGAAACGUUUUCAGAAAUUAGAGGACAGAUUAGCAAUCAAAGCAAGCACUUUGCAACAGCACAAGAAGCAAGGGGAGAUAUGCUUGUUUAUGCUAUGUUUCAAUGCAGAAAUUACCUCUCCAAAAAUGAUUGUCUUGGUUGCUUCACCAACGCCACUACCCAAAUCCGCAAUUGCUCUGCUGCCAAUGGAGCAAGAGUCAUCUACGACGGAUGCUUCCUCAGGUAUGAGAGCGAGAGGUUCUAUGAUCAGACCACUGAACCUGGGAAUGGUGUAUUAUGUGGGAACAACACUGCAAAGGAAGCACCUGCUUUUAGAGCAGCUGGACAACAAGUGCUAAUGGAUCUCCAAAUAGCAACACCAAGAAUUAAAGGCUUUUUUGCAGCUACUAAGACGCAAGUGUCUGCAGGUGGUUCAAUUUAUGCCAUUGCACAAUGUGUUGAAACUGCCACAGAAACUAGUUGUUUGGAUUGCAUGAAAGUUGGAUACAACAACUUGCAAACUUGUCUUCCCAAUAGUGAUGGAAGAGCAUAUGAUGCUGGCUGUUUUAUGAGAUACUCAGAGACACCCUUCUUUGCUGAUAACCAAACCAUUGAUAUCACACCCUAUUUAAAACAAGGAGGUUCAAGCAAGAAAUGGGCCAUUAUAGGUGGUGUUAUUGGAGGGGCAGGUCUAGUUGUGAUCCUUCUUAUUGCAUUAUUUGCAUGGCAACGAUCCAAAAAACCCAAGAGGCUUCCUAGAGGUGACAUAUUGGGAGCAACCGAGUUGAAAGGUCCAGUUAACUACAAGUAUAACGAUUUGAAAGCUGCAACAAAAAAUUUCAGUGAUGAAAAUAAACUAGGAGAAGGAGGCUUUGGGGAUGUAUACAAGGGUACUCUAAAAAAUGGAAAAGUUGUUGCAGUCAAGAAAUUACUUUUGGGAAAAUCCAGCAAGAUGGAGGAUGAUUUUGAAAGUGAAGUAAAGCUUAUAAGUAAUGUUCAUCACAGAAAUCUUGUUAGACUCCUUGGUUGUUGCAUUAAAGGCCAAGAGAGAAUCCUUGUUUAUGAAUACAUGGCAAAUAGCAGCCUUGACAGAUUCUUAUUUGGUAACCAAAAAGGCUCCCUCAAUUGGAAACAACGCUUUGAUAUUAUUUUAGGCACAGCAAGGGGACUUGCCUAUCUACAUGAGGAAUUCCAUGUUUCUAUCAUACAUAGAGAUAUAAAGACUGGCAAUAUCCUCUUGGAUGAUGAUCUUCAACCCAAAAUAGCUGAUUUUGGUUUGGCACGGCUUCUACCAGGGGAUCGUUCUCAUCUUAGCACAAGAUUUGCAGGAACAUUGGGAUACACAGCACCUGAGUAUGCAAUCCAUGGUCAAUUAUCAGAAAAGGCUGAUACCUACAGCUAUGGUAUUGUAGUCCUAGAAAUCAUAAGUGGUCAAAAGAGUACUGAAGUGAAGGUUGAUGAUGAUGGUCAUGAAUACCUUCUUCAAAGAACAUGGAAACUGUAUGAGAGAGGAAUGCACUUGGAUUUGGUGGACAAGGCCUUAGACCCUAAUGACUAUGAUGCAGAAGAUGUGAAGAAAGUCAUAGAGAUUGCAUUGCUGUGCACUCAGGCAUCAGCAGCAACAAGGCCAACAAUGUCUGAAGUAGUAGUUCUACUCAAAAGCAAGAGCUUGAUAGGGCAUCUUCAACCAACUAUGCCUGUGUUUGUUGAAACGAAUCUAAAGUCUAGGGAAGACAAAUCUACCUCAACUGCUUCUUCAUCCAAUGCUACUGCCUCCACUUCUAUUCUAUCAGCCAGAUGA